AUGGCAUCCUCAGCUAUUAGGUCAUCAAUCGGUCCAUGCAAGAAGCGAUUAGCAGAUUUCCUGCAAACCGGCUUAACCACGAUAGACCUCUCAGAAAUGCAAAAUUCUCCCAAUCCCGAGUCCGCGUUACGCGUGGCAUAUAUGAAUGUUGAUCACGCGCUUAGACGCUUACAGCAAUAUAUCACUACGCUGCAAGCCAAAAACACCGAAUGGAUCACGUUGAUAUCUCGACUAAAGGAUCAACAAGCAGCAGAUGAAGAAGCCAUAAAAUAUGAGCUUCAUGUGAGCGAUCCGGACAAUUUUCUCGAGGUUAUUGAAAUAGCCAAAGACCACGAAGUCACAUUGGAAAGUCAGCUUAAAAACAUUACGGCACUACUCGCGCAGCGUGAUACAUGCCAACCAACAUCUUCAAAAGCACCUACUCCUCUGGUGCAACCACAAAAUCUUCCAAUGCGGUUGCCGCAACUACAAAUCAAAACCUUUGAUGGAGAAGCAAGAAAAUGGCCACAAUUUUGGCCCAUGUUUUUAAGUGCAAUCGACACUCAACCCUUGACUAAGGUCGAAAAGCUCAUGUAUCUCCUGCCCUAUCUGGAAGGAAAAGCGUUACACGCAGUGAGUGGAUUCACCGUAUCUGAAAAUAAUUACGAUACGGUCAAAGAAGUACUCAUAAAGAAAUUCGGAAAUACAGCAACAAUUGUCAAACAACUGUAUUUCGAAUUGCAAAACUGGAAGCCGACAGGACAACAAUUUCCAGAAAUGAUUGCAAACACUGAAUGUGUGUUGCAACAACUCACCCAACUGGGUGAAAACAUAAACAACGCGCAGACGGAACUCUGUAUUGAAAAUAGACUUCCGCCAUGGGCUAGGCUUGAAAUUGAACAAGCUAAAGAAGAAACUGAAACUUGGUCGGUAAUAAUGCUGCGGAAUAAGUUAGCAGCAAUGGUACGUGUACGAGAAAACGCACAGGUACACCCUUUAAAUAAAUUUUGGGUGAGAACAUAA